AUGGACAUACAAUGGUUUGCAACUGGAGCUGGUACGAUUGUUUUACUAUAUAUCGUCUACCAAUUUAUUCAAAUCGUUUGGAGAAUCAUCGGAACAUAUGUCAUCUGCCAACCAAUUAAUUUGAAAAGAAAAGCAGGAGCCAAUUGGGCAGUGGUGACUGGAGCAACCGACGGAAUCGGAAAAUCGUACUGCUUCGAGCUUGCCAAACGAGGCUUCAACAUCUAUCUCGUCUCCAGAACUCAAUCGAAGUUGGAGCAAACAAAAAAAGAAAUUCUCGAGAAGCAUUCGGACAUUGAAGUCAGAUAUGCCACCUAUGAUUUCACAAAUCCUUCUCCAAACGAUUAUCAAGAACUUUUGGCGCAGUUGAAUGAUGUGAAUGUUGGAAUUCUGAUCAACAAUGUUGGCAUGUUCUUUGAUCAUCCGGAUGUUAUUCACAAAGUGGAAGGAGGACUAGAUACAUUGGCGAAUGUGGCGAUUGUUAACGUCUUGCCACCGACACUGCUAUCGGCAGGAAUCCUUUCUCAAAUGGUAUCUCGUAAAACUGGAAUUAUUGUGAAUAUUGGCUCAGCUGCUGGAUCAGUUCCAAUGGCAGGAUGGUCCGUCUACUCGGCAUCCAAAAAGUACAUCUCUUGGCUCACUGCAACGCUCCGAAAAGAAUAUGGACACCAAGGAAUCACUUUCCAAACCAUUACCCCAUUGAUGGUAGCCACCAAAAUGGCUGGAAAUCCCAAUACUUCAUUCUUUUGUCCGGAUAGCGACACGUACGCCAAAUCUGCACUCAACACAAUUGGAAAUUCAUCAGACACUACUGGAUAUAUCACUCAUCAGCUGGAGUUCGAGAUGAUGAAUCUGUUGCCAGAGUGUAUUCUGGAUGUGGCUGUUAAAAGAUCAAGUAAUGAGCUUCGAGAAAGAGCACUUGCCAAGAACAAAGAAAAAUUGCUUCAAUAA